UAUUGGCCAGUCCAAGUUAGCAAUAUAUUCGUUGCACAGAUUAAAAAACUACAUGUACCGUCAAGCACAGGGACACAAGAAGCCGCCCUAUCACGUGGGUGUGAUAUUUAAAUACCCUAGUUGGUUGGGUGGAUUGGUAAAAAAAAAAAAAAAAAAAAUAUUCCACUGCGAUCGAACAGAACAGAGCAAGUAAUGGAGGCGACGAUGAAACAUCGCGCUCUAUACAAGGGAACUACUCCUCCUUGGAAGGAUACUUACAGAAAGAGAUGUGUUGAAAGGCUGAAGGGUAACCGCUCUAAGCUCCUUGACAAGUUCCGGCAGGUGGGGGAAAGGCUUCAUUCUGGGGCUGCUGGUUCUUUCCUGGUACAAGAAGUCAUGGAGGAAGAAUGGAAAGUAAUGCAGUCGGAGAACACAGGUCUUCCAUCUCUCUGGAAGAGGGACAAGUUUUCCCUGGCUGUAAGCCUAUUUCAGGAUCCUGAUGAGCUGGCUGUAAUGGAAGAAAUAAAGCAAGAACUCCUAUUAGAAGAACAAGCAAUGAUUGAGGAAAUUGAACACGUCCUCCAGUUUGAGGAAGAAUGUUUAGACUCUGUAGUGGGCCUCAGUACUGAUAAUCAGAUUGUUUGCCCUGUAUGUAAUAGGAAUUAUCUAACGGUAACAAGCUGCUUCAUUCUAUGCCAGUGUGGAGUCUACAUUAAUACAAAGUCACAAGGAAUGAGCACUGAGCAACUGCAUUCUUUAUUGGAAAUCAACUUGACAGCACAUGGUGCUAACUGCUCUCAACAUCCAGUGUUUUCUGUUGCCAUUGGAGCAGAGGGAGUAGCCAGUCUCUUCAUGAGUUGCCAUGUCUGCGAUACUGUGACAGUCGUCAUAUGAACCUGGAUCAAAUUGGCUGCAGAUUUGCGCAAAUGUUUCUGAAGAUUUUUUUUCUGUAUAUACAAAUGUAUUUUAUAUUUUUUUUAUAUAUUUGAAGUGUCUAAAUAAAGCCUAUAACUUGUA